UAUUUUUUUUACUUUGAAAUAAUGUGAUAGUUCAACUUGUUUUGUUUCGUUCAGCUUGACGUUUUAAAAAAUUUAGUAAACCUCAAGCACGUUUUAUUAAGAAAAUGUUGUUGCAGUGUAUUAUGACGUUAUUAAAAACAGGCGUUUCGUUUUAAAAUUUUAGCAUGCUAAGUUUAAAUUGAGAAUCGUUCACUCAAUUAUGGUUCUCCUUACAUAGAAUAAAGUAAUCAAGAAAUUAAAAAAAACUAUGUAGAAAGAAUUAAUGUGGGCAUCCUCCUAUUCUUUUUCAGCUUGAUUUGACGUACGUCUGCAGAAAAAAUGGAAUACAACAUUCUCAAUCCAUUGAAACAUCAAUGGAUUAUUUCAUGUUACUCCGUAGAAGAUUUACAAAGUCAAUUCUAUUUUCAUACCAAAAGUUUUAGAAAAGGAUCUCAAGAGACUUGCACAAGUAUCAGUGAAUCAACUGUAAAUUACAAAAAGGUAAACGAAACCUUAGACAAAUUAUCAGUUGCUGACACAAGAUCAUUUAAAAACAUAUUCGAAACAUUUUACUACGCUUUAUGUAACUCUUCAUCUAUUAAAAUUACCUCUACUGAAGGAUUGAGGCUUGGAAAAAUCUCUACGAAGGAAACGUUGUUACUUAAAAAAUUUUUGGUCAGAGUACUUGUGUACGAUAUGUGCUAUAUGUCUAUGUUUUGGAACAAAUUACGAAAAACUAGUCCUAGCUAUAAGAUUGAAAAAACGACUUUACAGUCUACUUUGAAUGCGUCUCAGCGUAUUACAACUUCACCGCAAGAAAACAACUUUUUUUUGUUAAAUUCGUCUAGUCUUAAAGCACUUUUUUCUUUAACAAUACUUCACAGAUCAGAGUCGACAAAAUCAUUACGAAAACUUCUAUCCUCAUGUUUUCGUUUAUCCAGUAAAAUUUUUCUUCAAUUUCAUACACUGUCUUGUGCGCUUCCGUCGCGACUGAAACCAUUGUUUGUUCAAAACGACCUGAAUUCUUCUCGAUCGUUUUCAGUAGAUCCUUUAAGAUUGAAAAAGCACACCGACCUUGCAAAUACAUCGCAUAAGAACGGUUUAAUUAAUAGCAAUAAUUUACCGCGUAGCCGUUCACGAACAGUAGAACUAAAAAAGAAUGUUUCAUAUAAGAAAAAAAAGGAUUGGACUUUUUUACUUCAUGACUUUUCAAAUUUAAUUUCUGACCCCUUGUUCCAAGAUUCCUUGUAUAGCAAGAUAUCCGUAUUACCGUUAGUAUCCGAUUUUUAUCUUUCGCCACCUCCUCACAAUGAAUCUUCGUUAUCCUUAGAGUAUAUGAAUAAUCUUCCUAGUGUACUUGAUACAACAGUAGCUUUUUGUAUUGCUUCUAUUUGCAUGUUUUCAUUAAAAACUUUGAAGGCUCAAGAAAUUACAAAGCUAGCUUUUGGAGAUUCCUGGAUAUUACCGUCACAUAGUACAAGUGUAUUUGACCAACUGUAUAAAAAAAAUCAAUUUUUUUCUUUUGAGAAGAACAAUUUUAAACUUAACAAAAGUUUUCAGAAUAAGGAUUUUUCUACCGUGGAUUUUACUGAAGAAGAAACGGUGACAACGAGGCGCUUAUUAAACGCUAGUUUUUUUAAAAAAGAAUUAAGCUAUUCACUCUUAAGCUGUAAAAUAUUAAUGGGUCAUUUACCUCUGGUCACUCUUAUAUCAGGGGCAUCUGGUUGCGGUAAAUCAACUUUAGCUUUGCAUUUAGGUACUAAACUUGGGUGUAUUAAAGUUAUUACAACGGACACAAUCCGACAUGUUUGUUGCUCAAUGGGGGUAAAAAAUACCAUUUCUAUUUUACAAGCUUCAACAUACGAAGCAGACAUGGUCUUACAAAAACUGAGUAUUUUUGAGCGAAAGUUUUUAGAAGAAGAGUACGGGAAACCUUCAUAUGAUGCCGGAUCGUUUUCUAAAUGCAUUGAAGGUUAUCUGAUUCAGUCAAGAUUACUUUAUGAAACAAUAAAGAAAGUUGUGGAAUCAUGCAUACAGCAGGGAAAUAGUGUUGUCUUAGAAGGUGUUCACUUAACCAAUGAAAUUGUAUCUAAACUACAAGAAAGCUUUCCAAAAAGAUGUUUUGCAUUUUUUAUUUAUUUAGUAGAUAAAGACAGUCAUUUGAAACGUUUAGCGAGCCGUUCUGCUAAUUGUGAAAUGACACCAUCUAAAAAUAAAUAUAUCAGAUGUUUGAAAAAUAUUCGAGCAAUACAAGAUUAUUUGGCUCAAACUCUGUCGGAAAAAAUUGUUCAUAUUGAAAAUACAUCCAUUGACUGUUCAGUUGAAGUGAUACGUCAAACAAUUGUAUCAAGACUUCAUGAAAGCAGCGUCUAUUAA